AUGUCAAGCCUUCAGAGGUUUGGUGGCUGCCCUCUCUCCUGCGUCAACCCCGGGGAGAGCAAUACUGAACCCAGCGUGGUGCUGCCACCUUUGGCAGGGGAGCGCAUGGGACACCCCACUGGCAGUUCCUUAAAACUCUGCCCCUCGCACAAUUUGCGAGACUACCCCGAGACGAGGUCCAGUGCAUAUGUUGACCAUUCGGUGCCCAAUUUCUCAGACUCUGGAUACCCCAGCCACCGGUUAGAGCACAGCCCUCGGGGCAUUCUCAUUGGAGCCAAUUUCUCUGGAGCCGGCAUGCCACCCGUCACUGAUCAACUGGCAUCAAGAGCGAACCAACAUGGCGGGAUUGGAAGGUAUCGCGACUUCCAUGGCUGCAGAGACAACAGGAGCCAUGCUUUUUUUUACCAGGAGCAGGCCCACGCCUCCACGGACGCGUCUAGAGACCUCGGCAGCCAGAUGAUGCUUCAUGGUCUACCUGGCGACCUCCUCACCCGGACUCACCCCUAUGGGCAAGGCAUCAGCCCCAAGGGCAGCAGCCAGCAGCAGCAGCUCGUCAGCCAGUUCCUGGGUCUGUACAAGCCCCUGAACAUGGCCAUCCAGCAUGGAGGAGGCGACGCGUUCCUCAGGUGCUCCAAGCAGACAGUGAAGCAGGAGCUGGUGUGCAAGUGGACUGACGGCCAUGAGGGGGCCGGCAAGCUGCCCUGCUCCAGAGCCUACGGGACCAUGUAUGAACUUGUCACCCAUGUGACAGUGGAGCACGUCGGAGGACCCGAGCACGCCGAGUAUGUGUGUCAGUGGGAGAACUGUGUGCGGGACAGGAAGCCGUUCAAAGCCAAAUACAAGCUGGUGAACCACGUCAGAGUGCACACAGGGGAGAAGCCCUUCCCGUGCCCCUUCCACGGCUGCGAGAAAGUGUUUGCCAGAUCAGAGAAUUUAAAGAUCCACAAGAGGACCCACACAGGUGAAAAACCUUUUAAAUGCGAGUUCGAGGGCUGCAGCCGGAGGUUUGCGAACAGCAGCGACCGGAAGAAGCACUCUCACGUCCACUCCAGCGACAAGCCCUACAUUUGCAAGGUCACCGGCUGCGACAAGUGCUACACCCACCCGAGCUCCCUGCGCAAGCACAUGAAGCUGCACUCCAUCAAGGUCAAAGGCGAGGACGCGAGUCCCGGGGACGCGGAGGCCGAGUCCACCCGCGUCCCGGACGGAGCGCAGCUCAGCCCCUGUCACCCCCCAUCCUCCACCCAGGACGUGCCCAUGUCCCCGGAGAGUCGAGACCAGUCGACCCCGAGGUCACGUUUCCAUCACACGUUUGACAGCAGUUUUGACUACUCCACGCACAGGUCGCAGCCCCUGCUGGAGCCGCUGCUGCUGCAGAGGAGCGGCUACAGGUCCCAGUCCUCCCAGUUCCCCUGCGGACAGACGGCGCACACUUUCGCGCAGAACCCCAGGACUUUCUCCUCCACCUCUCCCUUCCAGAAGAGUAUUGUGAAUGGAUGGUACACAUGUCACAGCGGCGUGGACUCCUUCCCACCGAAGCAGUGCAACAACAUCCCGACUCUCUGA